CAAGGAAGGCCCCCGACGCAGGCCCCGGUUUGUUUGAGUCGGUGCAGUCGCUGCCGUCGCCGCCAAUGGGUCGCGGUACACGCUCGCGGUCGCGGUCCGCGGUUCGCAGGGGCAGGAGACGGCGGAGCCGGAGCGGGAGUCGGAGUCGGAGUCGGAGCCGAAGUCGUAGCGGCAGCCAUGGGCGGCGAAGACACCGGCGCCGGGAGGACGAGGACCAUCGCCGGCGAAGGCGUCGGAGCCGGGAACGCAGGUCAGAUUCAGAGGAAGAGAGGUGGCAGCGGCCCGGAAGGUGCAGCUGGAGCCCGCCGCCGCCCCGCUGGCGCUCUGGGGACCGGGACCGGAAUCAGUCCCCGACAUCCGACUCUGGAGAGGAGCAGGCGUGGAGCCGCCACGGACGCUGGCGCUCGUGGUCCCCGAGAUCGUCUGCGUCCAGCACGGCCUCCCCUGGGCGCUCACAGAGCCCCAGAGCUGCCGCGGGGGCGGCGGCGGCCCUGAGCCAGCAGCAGAGCCUGCAGGAGCGGCUGCGGCUGCGCGAGGAGCGGAAGCAGCAGGAGGAGCUGCUCAAGGCCUUCGAGACGCCCGAGGAGAAGCGCGCACGGCGGCUGGCCAAGAAGGAGGCCAAGGAGCGCAAGAAGCGGGAGAAGAUGGGCUGGGGCGAGGAGUACAUGGGCUACACCAACACCGACAACCCCUUCGGGGACAACAACCUGCUGGGCACCUUCAUCUGGAACAAGGCCCUGGAGAAGAAGGGCAUCAGCCACCUGGAGGAGAAGGAGCUGAAGGAGCGGAACAAACGCAUCCAGGAGGACAACCGGCUGGAGCUGCAGAAGGUGAAGCAGCUGCGGCUGGAGCGGGAGCGUGAGAAGGCCAUGCGGGAGCAGGAGCUGGAGCUGCUGCAGCGCGAGAAGGAGGCGGAGCACUUCAAGACGUGGGAGGAGCAGGAGGACCACUUCCACCUGCAGCAGGCCAAGCUGCGCUCUAAGAUCCGCAUCCGUGACGGGCGGGCCAAGCCCAUCGAUCUGCUGGCCAAGUAUAUCAGUGCCGAGGACGAUGACCUGGCCGUGGAGAUGCACGAGCCGUACACAUUCCUCAACGGGCUCACGGUGGCCGACAUGGAGGACCUGCUGGAGGACAUUCAGGUGUACAUGGAGCUGGAGCAGGGCAAGAACGCGGACUUCUGGCGGGACAUGACCAUCAUCACGGAGGAUGAGAUCUCCAAGCUCCGGAAGCUGGAGGCUUCGGGCAAAGGCCCAGGCGAGCGCAGGGAGGGUGUGAACGCCUCCGUCAGCUCCGAUGUGCAGUCCGUGUUCAAGGGCAAGACCUACACGCAGCUGCAGGUCAUCUUCCAGGGCAUCGAGGGCAAGAUCCGGGCCGGCGGCCCCAACCUGGACAUGGGCUACUGGGAGAGCCUGCUGCAGCAGCUGCGCGCGCACAUGGCCCGCGCCCGGCUCCGUGAGCGCCACCAGGACGUGCUGCGGCAGAAGUUGUACAAACUGAAGCAGGAGCAGGGCGUGGAGAGCGGGCCCCUGUUCCCCAUCCUCAAGCAGCAGCCGCCAUCCCCCAGCCAGAGCCUGGAGCCCGAGGAGCCAGCAGCGCCCACCCCGCCAGGGCCGUCCGCGGAGGGCGGCACCGCGGAGGACGGCGCGGGCCAGGCCGAGGGUGAGGGGGACGGCGACGGGGACGGCGAGGCUGUGCUCAUGGAGGAGGACCUGAUCCAGCAGAGCCUGGACGACUACGACGCCGGCCGGUACAGCCCGCGGCUGCUCACGGCGCACGAGCUGCCGCUGGACGCGCACGUGCUGGAGCCCGACGAGGACCUGACGCGCCUGCAGCUGUCGCGCCAGCAGCUCCAGGUCACCGGGGACGCCAGCGAGAGCGCCGAGGACAUCUUCUUCCGGCGCGCCAAGGAGGGCAUGGGCCAGGACGAGGCGCAGUUCAGCGUGGAGCUGCCGCUGGGCAGCAGGGCCUACCUGUGGGCGGACAAGUACCGGCCGCGCAAGCCGCGCUUCUUCAACCGCGUGCACACGGGCUUCGAGUGGAACAAGUACAACCAGACGCACUACGACUUCGACAACCCGCCGCCCAAGAUCGUGCAGGGCUACAAGUUCAACAUCUUCUACCCCGACCUCAUUGACAAGCGCGCCACGCCCGAGUACUUCCUGGAGGCCUGCGCAGACAACAGGGACUUCGCCACGCUGCGCUUCCACGCGGGGCCGCCCUACGAGGACAUCGCCUUCAAGAUCGUCAGCCGCGAGUGGGAGUACUCGCACCGCCACGGCUUCCGCUGCCAGUUCGCCAACGGCAUCUUCCAGCUCUGGUUCCACUUCAAGCGCUACCGCUACCGCCGGUGACCCCGGCCGGGACCCACCCGGCUCAGCACCGCCAGGGCGGGCGGGGCAGGGGCAGAGCGGGUGCCCUGGGGACACCGAGGCCGGCUCAGCGGCCGCGGCCCCGGCGGCCAGCAGAGGGCACAGGCCGCCCGCCCGGCCCGCCAUCUGGAAAUCAUUCCAGGCUGUUUCCGCAGAAAACUUUUUUUACUGGGAAUAAAAGCCUCGUUUUAUUUUCGUC